AUGGAGGUGGAAUUGGAAGUGGAUUUUCAGGCAGUGGAUUUAGCCGUGGUGGAAGUGGCGGAUUCGGUGGUGGCAGAGGAUUUAGUGGAAGCAGUGGAUUCAGCAGCGGUGGAUUUAGCGGAGGAAGCGGCGGGUAUGGUGGCGGACGAGGUGGAGGCAGCGUCGUCCGCGCGCGCUUGGUCGGCGUGGGCGUUCUUCCUAGCGUCAGCGGCGGCUCGGGCUUCGGCGGCGGUUUCGGCCAAGGCGGAGGAGGAUCCUUCGGCGGAGGACGAGGAAGUGGCGGAGGAAGCUACGGAUGGAGGAGUUACAUUCGGGCGCGUAACUUCAUUUUCCAUAACCACCGCUUCCACGGCCGCUGCCUCCUCCGCCGCCGCUGCCAACGCCGCUGCCUCCGAAUCCACCUCCGCUACCGCUACCUCCAAAUCCACCAGCCCCAACGCCGCUGCCUCCGAAUCCGCCGCCUCCACUGCCAACACCUCCGAAUCCACCGCCUCCACCGCCAGAGAGUUUUCCACUUCCAAGGAAAACUGCGGGGAGCACACUUCCGCCUCCGCCACCGCUGCCGCGACCUCCACCGUAUCCUCCUCCUCCUCCGCCGCCACCGCCGCCGCCACCGCCAAGUGCGUUGCCGCCUCCGAAUCCACCAGCUCCUCUUCCUCCACCAAAUCCACCACUUACUCCACCAAAUCCACCACGUCCUCCGCCAAUACCUCCAAAUCCGCCUCCUGA